AUGAAGGAUUCAAGUGAUACGGAUUCAGAUAGUUCAUCAACUACAUCUUCCUCUUCACAUUCUCCUUCAACUGUAUCUGAUGAAGAUGAUCAUCCAAAUGAGAAGGAUAACAGAACUUACUGUGUUAAAACAAAAGAUGAGUUGCCUAUUGAUGAACUGCCUCCUGUUGAAGAUUUGUCAAUAAUUCUGCCUGAUGAUGUUGAACUGAAGCUCUUUGGGACAGUUUCUAGCAUCAUUGAGCAGCUAGUAAUAAUUGAAUCACUGAGAGGUCUACCUCCGGUAAAUGAAGAAAGCAUAAUUUUCAAAGAAGACCGGCAAGCAGCAGGAAAGAUAUUUGAGAUCUUUGGUCCUGUUUUACAUCCCUUUUAUGUGUUGAGAUUUAACAGCUCUGAGCAUAUCAAAGCAAAAGGUAUAAAUGUGCAAGAUAGCAUGUAUUUUGCUCCAUCAGUGGAGGACUUCACCCAGUAUAUAUUUGCAGAGAAACUGAAACAAGAAAAAGGUUCAGAUGCAUCUUGGAAGAACGACCAAGAACCACCACCUGAAGCCUUGGAUUUCAGUGAUGAUGAAAAAGAAAGAGAGGCAAAACAGAAGAAAAAAAAGCCUCAAAGUCAAGGAAGGAAGAAACUUAGAUCAGAAACAAAUGUAUCAAGUGAGAAUAAAGGACUUCAUCAGUCAGUGCAACAGCCUGCUUCAAGUUAUGCAAGGGGAUACCGUGGCAGAGGGUUCUCCAGGGAUCCGUUUCCUCCUCCAUCAGGCCCUCCAGGUUUUUUGAGACCACAAGUAAGACCACCACAGCUAUACUCUUCAGAGAACAGAAUACAUCAGGAAUCUCCAGUGUUUCCACAACCUCAUAGAAAAGAAAAUCCAAUGAUGCAACAGUAUUCCUUUCCUUCUCCAGUUUUUGGUUCUGUUAAUGAUGUGCAUCAAUUCCAGCUUCCACCUUCAAAUCUGAAUAUGAUUUGGACAGGCCCGAACAUGUACAACUCAUCAUACCCAUUUUUGCUGCCACCGCCACCACCUCCUCCACCUCCUCCAGAUAGCCAUCCUUCUCAGUUUAGGCCUUACUAAGUUUCUAUAAAUGUGCAUACAGAGCAUUGCAAUGUAAAGGGAGGAAGAACAGGCUGCUAAGACUGUAUCCCCUUAUUUUGGAGAUGCUUCAUUUUUCUGCAACUGUAGAACAAAUACAGAGUUUGAUGCUUUGUGGGACAUCCAUAGAUAUCUUUUUAUUUUCUAUAUAUGUUUUCUGUUUCAAAAAAGAAAGCUGUAUGAGAAAAAUAACUCAAUAUUAAAUGAUGAUUUAUUUUUAUUAUACCUAUUAGUUUGGGAUGAUAAAUAAAAACUUUUUGGAGACUAAUAUGUAGUGGUGGAAAUCUAUUUUGUAUUAAAUUUAAGAGUUUAUGUAACUGCUGUCUAAUACUGAUGAGGGUAUGUCACAUAUAUGGUAUUUUAAUACUUUUAGAGUGGUUGUAUAUUGCUAUGAUAAACAAAUCUCAGUUUCUGCAAAUUUUGAAACCUACUUGCAUGGAAAGUAAGAAUAUGACAUCUAGAUUUUAAACUAGGUUUUCCAGUAUUUAUAUAAAGUAUAAAGUCCUGUUAAUCCAACUUCUAGUAUUUUGUUAAUUUUGUAUUAACUAAAAGACUGGAGCUGGAUGGUCUUUUUUUAAAUAACUGAAGCAGAUAGAUAAGCAGCUGAAUUACUCUGUCAGAUUUAGUGUCCUCCAAUAGCUGUAGAAGAUAACUUAUCAAUUAGAUGUUUAGUAGUUAAUAAAGGAUGUAAAACUUCAUGGUAUGGGGAAU